AUGGGAGGUGGAGAACCAUCAGGCGGCGACAUCACUUCGGGAUGGGAGGCCACGUCAGCGCCCGUAUCUACACCCAGCUGGACCCCACCACCUCCUGAGGCAGGCUACGGGUACGGGCUCGCGGCUCACGGAGUGGACCAUGGCGGAGGUCCUUACGGCAGCGCCGCCGGCGGGGGAUACGGUUUCCACCAAGUGCCCGACGGCGAAGGGCUCUACCAGCAGCAAGAAGUGAGCAACGUACCACACUAUCCUUCUGCUGCCGGACCGGACGCCCAACAACCGCGNUGCUACGGGUACGGGCUCGCGGCUCACGGAGUGGACCAUGGCGGAGGUCCCUACGGCAGCGCCGCCGGCGGGGGAUACGGUUUCCACCAAUUGUCCGACGGCGGAGGGCUCUACCAGCAGCAAGAAGUGAGCAACGUUCCACACUAUCCUUCUGCUGCCGGACCGGACGCCCAACAACCGCGAGCCUACGAGGCCUUCGACACCUCGCAGCAGCAUGAUCAGCAGCAGCACUACGGUGCACCCCAGGCGACCUCUUCCUCCUCGUCUCCCUCUCCAGCUCCAGGCGACGCUCUACCUCCAGCCGGCGAUUCCCCCCUGCAUCUCUUCGUGGCACGUGGCGUGUGCCCUCGAGGCAAGUCUGAGAUUGGUUUUGAGAAGGAUGUUGGUUUUUCGAAGUCUGACGUGUUUACGAGUGCGGAGUCUCAUGUGUCAAUGCCUGGUGUUCCCCGCGUGCAUGCUGUGCAAGAACGUUCUGAUGAUGAGUUCGGUGUCUUGAACUUUGGUGUGUCUACUCAUCAUGUACCCCGCGUGCCCGCUGCACUUGAGAGUCCUGAUCAAGUGGUCGGCGUUCCGGAGUGUGAUGCAUCUGUCCCUGCUCCACCAAGCGUGCCUGGAAAGGCCGAUUCUGGAGCCAAUGCGAUGAUUACUAACAAAGUGGAUGCAAUGUACAAUGUACGCCACUUGGGCCCGGAUGAACGAUUUGUUCAGAUUGGAGACUCGGCUCCCAUCAAAAUUGCCGCUGUAGGGAGUUUGGACCUUGGGUUCCACCAAAUCGGAGCCGACGGGAAACAGGAGGAUUUGGACGUCACUGUGCCAGAAGUUUUGUUUGUACCCGGGUGUGGUUUCAACCUUUUCUCGGUAUGGAAGGUGUUUCACAAGCAUAAGGUCCGUAUCAACCCCAACGCCGCGAUGGAUUCCGAUCUAGAACCCCCCCGUGUGACGGAUGCUGUAGCGGAAUACUCGGCGAAGAUGAUUGAUGUGUGGGAGAGUGAAGAGUGUGAACGCGCCAUGGCUGUGUUGGGUCCGGGGAAGACACCUUUCAAUGUCGGCAAUGCACAAAAGGUUAUGGAUAUUAAUACGUUCCACAACCGUGGCGGCCACUUGUCCGAACCCAUUUUGAGACUGUCCGCGAAGCAGCACGGGAUUACCCUCACGGGCACGAUGGACAGCUGUCGAUGGUGCUUGCCGGCGCGAGGGACGAGGGCGCCGGUGCCGAAGCAGUGGGGCGGGUACCGCGGCAAGAGGGCGCCGAACGACUUGUUCCACAUCGACCCCUGCGGCGCGUACACGGCGACGAUCGGUGGCAACCACUAUAUGCUCUUCGGUGUGGACGCCGCCACGGGAUGGAUGGUCUGCUACGCCAUGCGGCGUAAGUCGGAGGCGCUGGCGGUCGUCAAGCGCAUGGUCGUGGAUGCCGCCCACAAGGCUGGUACCGCGAUCAAGUGCAUCCGCUGCGACUGCGAUGCUCUCUGGACCAGCAGCGACUUCAGGGAGUUCUGUGCCAGCAUGGGGAUCGCGCUCGAGUACUCCCCUCCCGGCGUGAGGCAGUACAACGGCGUCGUCGAGAGCGCCAUCCGGAGGUGCCUCAAGGUGGCCAAGGCAUCCCGCCGGGCCGCCCAGGAGCUGCUUGGCCCCGCAGGAUUUUCUCGUGUGAGCGGGCUGAGUGUUCGUGGCGAUGAGUUCUGGGCGGAGUCCAGACGCCGCGCAGAAACUGAACCAGUCAGCAUCUCCUUCCAACCCCGGGGGUGCGUCGCCGCAGGAACUCUACACCGGCAAGGGAGGCCCUUUUCGCUUGGUCCCGUUCUUCCAGUACGGUUUCAUGUGGGAGCGGCCGGCAACCAAAAUGGACGACAGGGCCGUGCCGUGUUUUUUCCUCAACGCCGGGGACAACCAUGCCGACGUCACCGUUAAGGUGCUCAAGGAGAGAACCGGCCACGUGUGCUACACCUCGAAUGUAGCGUGGGCGGCGCUCCCGCCGUCGGGGGGGGGCGGG